CGCUUCUGGGUUUUAUGUUUGGGAAUGUCGAUAACUCUGGUGAUCUUGAUGCUGAUUAUCUUGAUGAGAAUGCAAAGGAACAUCUUGCUGCUGUAGCAGACAAGUUGGGUCCAUCUCUUACGGAUAUAGAUUUGUCAGAUAAAUCACCACACACUCCAGCCGAUGCUGCUGACCAAGCUGAUGGUACAGAGUAUGUCCCUCCAACAAAGCGACGUAGAGGGGGAAAGGUUGGUUUGUCCAACAUCUUAGAGCGGAUUGUUGAAACGCUGAGAGAUAAUACCGAAGUGUCCUAUCUGUUCUUAAAACCAGUGUCUUAGAAGGAGGCGCUCGACUACCUGAACAUUGUAAAGCAUCCAAUGAAUUUGUCCACAAUAAGGAGCAAGGUUAGGUUGAUGGAAUACAAAGAUCGAGAAGACUUUAGACAUGAUCUGUGGCAGAUUGCCUACAAUGCUCAUAUCUACAAUGAUGGUAUUAAUCCUGGCAUUCCUCCUUUCGCCGAUCAGCUUUUGGAGCUUUGUGACUACUUGCUGCACGAGUAUGCUCGUAGCUUGGAUGAAGCUGAAGCAGGUAUAGGG